CCUGUUCCACGGUUCGCGUUCACCGCUAUGCCGCGACCACGACCAAGAUCAUUUGUAACCAGCCGUCCUGACGUUCCCAACUACGUCCCUUAGAUUCUGCGCAGCAUGUCUAGUAUGUACGCCUACGGCGCCGGCGUGCCACGCUCCUACGUAUCCCCCGAAUUUCCCAGUCUGUACUGGCCUAUCCGCGCGCAGCCAGGCGAAGUGCGAUAUUUGUACUACCUGUCCGAUAUCUACCGCUACACGCUGUACUGGUCGCUCAUCACCAUCGUCUCUGCACAUAUCUGCGUCGCAAGUUGGGCUGUCCUGAUGCAAUUCAGCUCCGCGUCGCAAAGGAGAAAGUUUCUUGCCUCGCCCGCAGGGAAAAGCCUGAGCUCAAAGAAUAGGAGACUAUUAGGUGAAAACCCGAUCGGAGAAACGCUGGGCUGGGUCUGGAUGAUCCCAGUGGUGUAUGUCGUUAUGGGUGCAUUGGAGGCGUUGCUCGCAGGCACCAUGGUCGGACUGGUCCUUGGAGCCGUCUACAAUGGGGGAUACUUUGCCAUGAGCACGUGGACGCCGUUGCUUUGGGGCAUCAUUAAUAUGCUCGUACUGGUCGUAAGCAGCUUCAGGAUACAGGGCGGAUUAUAAAAGUUGAAUUGCCUACUAUUGAAGGACAGACCACGUUUAGUGCGGUUAUCGGACUCUGCAACGGUUCAUAACGUGGAACUCCAAAAAGCAGCCUGCCAUCGAGAUGGCGACCGAUCGUAUUUGCCUUGCCCACAUUAGAGCAUAGAGGCGUCUCAACAACCCAAGCCGCUGCACUACGAGGCUUGCGAUGUCUCUCGACAAGGCCCAUCGUGGGCGAGAACGAGUCUACGGUAUGGCUCACAGCCUGGACUGGUAGCGACUCGAGGCUGCCAGAGCGCCAGGAAGCGGAAUUGUGGAUCACACCGUCUAUCAAGCACGAAUGGGGAGAUAUUUCCCGGACAACGAUAGCACCCAUGCGUGUCGACUGGGGCCAACAUCAAUCGCUUUGACCAACCACAAACAGACGAGGUUCAAACAUUCUCCAUACAAAGCAUUGACGCUGAUAUGAGAGCCCUGCAGACGAGUACACCAUAUGUCAGAACCGCCGCAGGCGAGAAAGGAAGAUACUUGUCUGAGGAUGGAAUUGGCCUGUUCGGGCUUGGUACAUGUAGCCGUUUUAAGUCGCAAUAUCUGCAGUGUGCAAGACGGUCAGCUAUUGCUUCAUAAAAUCAUAAACGCUCAAACUAAAAAGAGA